AUGGAGAGCACUUGGAGGAUUUGUGUUUGUUUGUACUGCUGCUUGUCCUGGCUCUCUGCGGGCACCCAGGGCUCGCCCCGCUCCCGGGGCCGGGGGGGCUCUGCGGGGACGCCCGGGUUUCUGGGGGCUCCCGAGGAUGCUGCGAGCCAGCUCAGCGCGGGGCUGCCGCUGCCCCGAGGCGCGGCCCCGGCCCACGCCCUCCUGCCCCCGCUGCUCAAGGUGCUGCGCGACCGCGGCCCCCGCGGCUGGCACGGCGAGGCGCCGCGGCUGCAGCCGGACUCCCGGGCCCUCCGGUACAUGAAGAGGCUGUACAGGCUGUCUGCCACCAGGGACGGCAUCCCCCGGGCGCAGCGAGGCCGCCUCUACAACACGGUGCGGCUCUUCACGCCGUGCUGGGAGUGCGAGCACAGCCCCGCGCCCCUGGCCAAAGGAGAUGCUCACUCGGUGGAUUUACUCUUCAGCUUGGAUCGUGUUACUGCUCUGGAGCACUUACUCAAGUCUGUCUUGCUCUAUUCCUUUGACACAUCUGUUCCCAUUUCCUCUUCCAUUACCUGCGUAUGCCAUUUAUCCCUUAAGGAACAUGAUUUUUCCAGCCAAGUUUGUCCCAGCAUUUCCCACUCUUUAGCUUUUAGCCUGCACUCUGACGUUAGGAAACGCAAAUGGGUGGAGAUGGAUGUGACUUCUUUCCUCCGGCCUCUGAUUGCUACGAACAGGAGGAACGUGCACAUGGCUCUGAACUUCACUUGUCUGAUGGGUGACCCACAAGGGAGCACGAAGCUGGGAAAGGCUAUGAAUGUGACACUGGUUCCCCCUUCCCUUCUGCUCUAUCUGAAUGACACCAGCGAGCAAGCUUAUCACCGGGGGAGCUCGCUGGGGCACGGGAGGAAAAGCGGCAGCCCGCAGGUGGACGCUCCAAGGGGUGACCAAGGCAAUCCCCAGGGUAAAAGGGCCUCUCGGCAGCGAAGGAACGAGAAUCCCAAAGCGGCCCCAGCCUCCUCGUCCCACAACCUGAGCGAGUACCUGAAGCAGUUCGCGUUCCCUCCGCACGAGUGCGAGCUGCACAACUUCCGCCUGAGCUUCAGCCAGCUGCGCUGGGACCGCUGGAUCAUCGCCCCGCACCGCUACAGCCCGCAGUUCUGCCGCGGGGACUGUCCCCGCGCCCUGGGCCAGCGCUACGGCUCGCCGGUGCACACCAUGGUGCAGACCCUCAUCUACGAGCGCCUGGACCCCGCCGUGCCGCGGCCCUCGUGCGUGCCCGCCGCCUACAGCCCGCUCAGCGUGCUCACCAUCGAGCCCGACGGCUCCAUCGCCUACAAGGAGUACGAGGACAUGAUCGCCACCAAGUGCACCUGCCGCUAGCGGCUCUGCUCGGGCUGGGCGUGCACCCCAAAUACAGCUUUUAGCUUUCCAUUCUCGAGGUGCUGUAGCUACGACCACUGUAACUCCAGGAGCUGGGAUUUAGCACCGAGUUAGCAGAGGGGGGUUCGCAUCACAGCACUGGUUUUUGUACUCAGCCUCUCUAGAAUGUGCAAUUAAAUGUAAAUAGUGUCUUUUUAUCGGGAGAAUUUUGCAUUUAAAAUGGGGGAAAGGUUUCAACUACUAAGUGUCUAUUUUUAAGCUGCUUUAUUACAGAUUAAAAAAAAAGGAGAGAAAUAAAUGGCUGUCACACAUACCCUGACAUGCAGCGCCUGCUACUCUGCCUCUACAGAAACCUUGUGUGUGGCAUCUCCAGCAAUGACCAGCAAGGGGAGAAAGUCUUUAAUGUCAGAAUUAUUUCUUCAGUUUUUCAUUCUCUUCCCCUACCACAUUCCAGCUCUUCCAAGCAGGGUGACAAAACCCUUCCUCACAGUUCUAUAAAGAUUAAAAGGUUGUUUUUUUGCUUUUCUUCUGUUGCACUCUUUGGGCUUUCUCAGCUAAAAGAAGGGUGAGAAUGUAAGGGCAGCUGUGGGUAAUUUGUGGACACUUUAGGCACUAUUUUGGUAACAACUGGCAUCAGGUGAGGCUUCCUUUAUUCAAGAAUAAGGAGCAGCUGUCCAUGGGGUGAGGGCAGAGCAUUGUCCAUUGGAGCCACAUUGCCGCUAGCUUCUUAAAUAGGAAGAAUUGUUUAAAAAGCCUAAUCCCCAGAAAUGGCUUCUAAAAGCCUUGAAUGUGUUGAUGUAAAUGCUGUUCAAUGGGUUUAAUAUUCUGAAAUGUGGGGCUGCAGCUUUGUUUCCUCUCACAAUGAAACUGUAGGUAACAAGUACCUCAACUCUAGAUGCUUUCACACCAAAUUUUUACUGUAAUUGUUUUAUUAUGAUUUAUUUUCUCCUCCUGGACUUGAGGCUCAUACACAAAACUUCUCAGCUUUAGUGGGCAUUUUUCUUGUUUGUUUGCUAAUUAAAGGCUGUGGAGCAGCACUAUCUUGUAAAACUUGUUCAGAACAUUCUUUAACAUUGACUUGCUAAUGGAUUAAUAAAUAAAUGGUGUAACUUUCUGCACUCAGCCACCCAACCAGCCCUUACCUGGGAUCCUGAGUGCUUCCAGAGGCUGGGAAUUCACCCUAGCAGGGCAGGGACUGCUGAGGGAUGUCACUCUGGUUCACCUGGUCACUGAACCCAUGGAUGGAGCAGUGUCUGGAGAGCUCCUGGAGCACAAAUCUGCCCGAAAAGUGAACAUCCUGCUCCAGGUUUCGGUCUCUGACUGUUAAAAUCAAAGUGAUUGACACCAAAAGCUCAAAACAGAACCCUGGUAUCACAUAAAAUCAUCCUGGUGCCAGCACUGUGGGCAGCUGGGUCAGUUUGGAUUGUAUCACUUCUGUUCUUCCCUUCAAACUCCGGGAAUUUGGCUUUGCUCACCUGCCAGAAAAGAAAAUAAAUGGAAUUGUUUCCUGAGACAAAUCCUUCUAAUUAUGGUGAAAAGUCUAAUGUAGUCCAAUAAUCCUAAUAUAUUCUAAUAGUCCAUUAAUGGAUAUCUUUAGUAUAAUAAUUCCAAUAAUAAUAAUAUAUUAAAUGUGUAAUAUAUUGUAAUAAUACCAAUAUCUAAUAUAUUCUAAUAAU